AUGGCUUCAUGCAGAUUCCUAUUGUUGGUCAUCAUCAUCAUCAUUAUCAUUACCACCAUAGUAAAAGGCCAAGAUUCAAGCAACAGGAACGUAACUUUGCGUUCCUCCAUCGUUGCAAACGCCAAUUCCAAUUCCACAUGGAAUUCGCCUUCGGGCGAAUUCGCUUUUGGUUUGCAGGAGGUCUCUCCCGGAGCCUUCUUGCUAGCCAUCUGGUUCAAUCAACUAACUGACAAAACCCUAGUUUGGUCCGCCAACCGCGACGAACCAGUUCCCACUGGAUCAACCGUCCAGCUUUCCGCAGAAGGAACACUGGAGCUCAUUGAUCCAACAAGACGUCGGGUAUGGGCUAGUCAGACCCGGCCCGGUAUGGUGGCCUACGCCGCCAUGCUCGACACUGGAAAUCUCGUGCUUGCCUCCAAUACUUCCGCCAUCCUCUGGCAAAGUUUUGAUUCCCCAACUAACACAUUAUUACCGACUCAGGUACUCAAUCGACAAAGCGUUCUAUAUUCCAGUUUCUCGGCGACCAAUUUCUCAAGAGGGAAAUUCAAAUUCACGUUGCAGGCCGAUGGAAAUCUAGUGCUCGUCACCAGAUCAUACCCCUCCGAUGAAAAUGUGAAUGCUUAUUGGUCAUCGGUUACUCGUGACACCGGAUUCCAGUUGAUCUUCAACGAUUCCGGCGUCAUCAACCUAAUCCGGCAGAACGGAACCAUACUCCGGCCUCUCUUCGACAGCGGAUCUCUGGCCGGGCAGUUUUACCAGAGACUGGUGCUAGAACACGACGGAGUCCUCCGCCAUUAUGUGUAUCCACAGUCUCCAGAUUCGUCACCGGGGUGGUCUGUACGUGAUUUUGAGCCUUCCAACAUAUGCCUAGCUGUCAGAGAAGAUGACAUGGGCGGCGGCGGCCCUUGUGGUUUCAACAGUUACUGCUCAAUAACAGCUGAAGGAAGGUCCACCUGCCGCUGCCCCUCGGGUUACUACCCGAAGGGCGGCUUCAGCGGUUGA